CAUCAACUCUAACUACUCCAAAAAGCCCUUCGAAGCAGCCACCAAUUGAGUGCCGCGACAACACCACAAGAAUCCUCAAAAGACUUCAAAAUGGCCUCAAUUGCGCGUUCCUCUCUGCUUAGGCAGACCGCUAUGGCUUCUCGAUUGGCCACUGCUGCUAUCCCAGCGACCCGGAGCACUUCCAUGCCUAGCAUCCGAACUCAGCUUAAGGGCGUUGCUGCUUUCCACAACACGACCCGACGAUCUGCUAUUCUCCCUCCCGGACCUCAGCGCAUUGAGGGUGGAAUCAACGAACCUGCUCCCGUUCCCGAGCCCAGCUCCACCCACGGUUCUUACCACUGGACUUUCGAGCGUUUCCUCGCUGCCGGCCUCGUCCCCUUGACCGUCGCUCCCUUUGCUGCUGGCUCUCUCAACCCUACCCUCGACGCCAUCCUCUGCAGUGUCCUCCUCCUCCACUCCCAUAUGGGCUUCCAGCAGGUCGUCAUCGACUACAUCCCCUCAAGGACCUACCCCGGUCUCCGCAAGACUUUCAACUGGCUUCUCAACAUUGCUACGGUUCUUGUCGGCGUGGGACUGUACGAGUUCGAGACCAACGACGUUGGUAUCACCGAGGCUGUCCGACGAGUCUGGAAGGCGUAAGUUGGUAGAUGGCUAAUUGAUGUAUGUAUAUGAAGGAAGCAUAUUAUUGGCAGUUUUACUUGCCGCGCAGGUUUAUGACUGCGGGCAUCUGUAUAGAAAAUUUCCUUUGAGUUACAGAAGAUUGCGUCAAUUUCAAACAAGACGAUUCCCUUUUUCAGCGGUAAAGGACCGGAGCCAGAUUGCUUAAAAUCACUUGUUUCACUGUUUCAAUUUAUUGUUAUGUUUCGUACUAA